AUGGACGCAUUCACAGCCGAACAGAAAAAGACAUUUGACACAUUUGACCAAUACCCAUGGGAAGCCGACACUGUCUUUCAAGCUGGCCUUGAUAAUAUCCUCAGCAAUCUCCCACCCACCGACAAUGACAAUGAAGACAAGGAUCGUCAACUCUUAAGAGCCAAACACUUUUUCUUUUCAAGGUUUAAUCAAGCGUUUGAUUUGGAUCAGUAUCUUCAAUACAAGCAACUUGAACAGCAAACAGGUGGCAAAAAGGAUCCAAAGGAAGCUCGUUAUCAGCAAUUGGAGCAAUACGAUUAUGAUCAUGAUGAAAAGUACUUGGAUGGAUUAUCGACGGUGGUUCAGGAAUGGGUGAAUCAGCAAACACAACAAGGUGUGAUUUGGGAUAAGACGCGCUUGGAUGAAGAAUUCAAAAAGGCUCAGGCACAGUAUUAUACAAGACAUGUGGAUACGAGUGUGGAUAUGGAUGACUAUUUCGCAUGGGCUCAAGAGAAAAAGGAAGCGAAUCAACCAGCAUGUCCUUUUGCCCAUUUAUGGCAAAACAAGGGUGACGGAUCCAAGCGUACAGCAUCAGGGUCGGCAGGUUCCGAUUUCAUUGUUGCCAGCGAGGGACGUGGUGCUACCACCUUGACAUUAUCAUCCCCCAGCACGCGUAAUGUAUUGACCAUCGAUCGAUUGGAGGCAUUGAGAAAAGCACUGGAAGCAUCCGAGCAAUCGCAAGAAGCCACAGCACACAUGUUGAAUUCACUCGUCACCUCUGAAACAGUAGCCAGCAGCGGUUUAGCGUAUCGAGAGACGUAUGAUUUAGCCAUCCAACAAAAAGCCAACGCCAUUGCAUCCUUGGAAAAGCUGGCGCAGAGUUACUAUCAGAGUGUGGAACAAACGAUCCUCUCCUUAAAGAAACCCUGCCUUGUCUUUAUGGAUGGCGCCAUCCCUACCAAUGCAAGUUACUUGUUCCUAUGGCAUCGAUUCAUUCGCGUGGUGACCGAACAUGCUGUACUACCCUUGGGAUUGACAUUGUCACAUGCACCCGUACCGCCUUUGCUUUUAUUGACCUUGUGCCGAUCACGCAAGCCCAACCUUCCCCAGGGGAUUGAAUUGUAUCUGGCUUUGGCUCCACCUGAAUUGGUCCGUUUACGGGGUCCUGAAUUACUCAAGUUGGGUUUGGCGGAUGUCUUUGUGCCUGGCGCUCAAUUCCACAAUGUUUUGGAAACCGUCAAAAAGAUGAGUCUAUGUCCACCUCCUGCUACUGCCACAGCUGUCCAAUUGGGUCUUGCCACUGCACAUACAUACCCUGGUCCUGAUCGAUUGGGUGUUUGGGAAAAUGAGAUUCAACGUGUAUUUGGGGCAGCAGAGUCCUUGGAGGAGAUUCGAAGCAACCUCGAGAAAGUGAACAAUCAUUGGAGUCAAACCAUCUUGGAUCAUUGGUCUACUUUACCACCCACCUUACUCAAAGCUGUAUUCCAAGCUGUCAAGAAAUCAUGCAGUGGGAUGGAGCCUCCUCAUGUCUUUGCACUUGAACAAUCACUCAACACACAAUGGCGACAAAGCAAGGAUUAUACAACAUGGAUUACAAAGGAGGAGGGUUCAUGGAUGGAGGAAGAGGAUGCAUACCCGGAGAGCGUGGAUCAUGAACAACAAAGAGACCAAGUGAUUUAUGAAGCACCUCAGACGAAGAGUGAUACCAUGGCAUGUCCCGUGACAGGUCAAGGAGGUGUAUGUCCUGUAACAGGUCAAGUCUCUGAAGCAGCAGCAGCAACCACAUGUCCCGUGACAGGCCAAACUUCAUCCAUUCCAUCCGCAUGUCCCAUGUCCCAACAACAACAACAAGCCAUGGCAUGCCCUGUAACCGGUCAAAAAGGAGCUGCUUGCCCUGUAUCAUCCCAAUCAUCAUAA